AUGGUGGCCUUCAAUCCAGGCUGUUGGCUAUUGGUCGCCGCCGCCGUCCCUGCGGUGCGCGGCGACGGCGUCGGCAUCAUCGGCGUCGGCAAGACCAUGUACCAGCCGUGGUGCGCGUACGCUUGCCGGUCCGUCAUCGGCGGCUCGACUUUGCUUUGCACGCCGGCGCACGAGCCGAGCGCUCCCGCCGGCGGCGGCCACGCGCCGCCCCGGACGCCGGAGAGCUGCUACGCCGGCGACGCGGCCUUCCUGCAGACGCUGGCGCUCUGUAUCGACACGUACUGCCCGGGCAGCGACGCGCCGCGGGUCGGCGCCCUGGAGGAGUACUGGGGAGGACACGCGGCGGCCGGCAUGCUCGCGGACUUCUCGUGGGUGCCGGCCAUGACAUACCAGGAGGCGCUGCGGCGCGCGAGGCUCGACGAGCAAAGCAGUGCGAAGAACCGCAGCACGACGACGACUCCUGCGAGUGGCAUUCAUGAGCAUCAUGGAGUUCAUGCGCGUCAUGGUCAUGUUGAAGAGGAGGAGCCUGACACGACGCCGGUGAACACGACUCUGCCGGUGGUCAAGCCCGGUGCUCCGUUGAACGUGACGAGCUUCAUCCGCAUGUCGGAUUGGCUAAAGAACUACAACGGACAUAAGACGUUUGAGCUAAACGAAGCUGGUCAUUCCAAGUACACCAUCGUCAUCACGGUCGUCCCGUUCGUGCUCGCCAUCGUGGCCUCACUCCCUCGCUUCCUCACCCCCCUCACCCGCUCCCCCUCCUGGGCCUGGAUCAACGCCAUGCUCGUCUACCCGCCUCUCUUCGGCUCCCGCCACCGGCAACCCGUCGGCGCUCGCGUCCUCGGCGGCGGCUACGUGCCCUCGCGCGGCCAGUCCCUCUACAUCGCCAUCAUCGUCGCCCUCAACGCCGUGCUGCUCGUCGUGCCAUACACGCGGCUGCAGCCGCAGUCCACCUUUGCCACCACGCGCGAGCAGGAGAUCAGCACCAUCGGGUGCCGCGCCGGGCUGAUGGCCAUGGGCAACGCCGUCGUGCUCGUCGUCUUCGCGGGGCGCAACAACCCGCUGCUCGCGCUGACCGGCUGGAACUACGACACCUACCUGCUGCUGCACCGCGUCUUUGGCUACCUGGCCAUCCUCCACACGGUGGUGCACUCGGUCCUGCUGCUGGUGUACUACACCGUGUUUGGCGGCUACGAGACCGAGGUGAAGAAGGCGUACUGGAUCUGGGGCGUCGUGGCGACGCUGGCGGCGGUGCUGCUGUGGCCCGCGUCGGUGCUGGCCGUGCGGAAGCGCUUCUACGAGGCGUUCCUCUCGGUGCACCACCUGCUCGUCGUCAUCUUCCUGGUCGGCUACUUUUACCACAUCUUCUACCGGUACAGCUUCAAAUGGGGCUACGAGAUCUGGUGCUACGUCGCCGGCGCGGCCUGGGGCGUCGAGCGCCUGGUCCGGCUGGCGCGCAUGGCGCUGAUGGGCCGGCGCACGGCCGACGUCGCCUUCGUGCCCGGCUCCGACGGCGAGUACCUCCGCGUCGACAUUGAUGGCGCGCACGCCGGCGGGCUCGUCUACCUCUACUUUCCGACCCUCAGCUGGCGCUUCUGGGAGAACCACCCGUUCUCCGUCGCCGCCUCGUUCUCCGUCCGGGACGUGCACUCCGACUCCUCCUCUUCCACGGACGCGGAGAGUGCCAAGGAGGACAAGGUGAUGGAAGAAGGCAAGCGGCCCGCGGACAUCGAGACGAUCCGGGAAGCGCGGCCGCCGCGCAAGACCGUCUUCGCGCCCGUCCACGACCACCGCAUCUCCAUCCUCGUCCGCGUCCAGUCCGGCAUGACCGCGCGCCUCGCCGCCAGGGUUUCUGCCGCCGCCGGCCACCGGAUCCGCCUGCCCGUCGUCGUCGAGGGCCCGUACCACGCGUCCUCGGCGUCGGAGCUCGCGCAGUGCACGUCGAUCGUGUGCAUCGCCGGCGGCGUGGGCGUCAGCGCGGUGCUGCCCAUCCUGCGAUCCCACGCCGGGUGUCGCCGGCGGCUGUUCUGGGGCGCGCGCGGCGAGGGCAUCGUGGAGGAGUGCGGCAGGGACGUCCUAGACCUGCCGGCGGCGGUGCGCGUGGAGGUGAGCGUCGGCGAGCGCCUGGACAUCCCGGCGAUACUGCGGGAGGAGCUCCUGGCGCGGACGGGCGAGCGCGGCCCGACGGGCAUCGUGGUGUGCGGGCCGCCGGGGAUGGCGGACGAUGUGAGGAAUGAGGUCUGUAGGUUGGCGAGGAGCGGUGCUCUGGCUCGUGGUGUGGUGUUGCUGGAUGAAGCAUUUACGUGGUAG